UGCUAGCCUUCCGCUGAUGAAACGUAGACAGAGCGUGAGUGAGAGCCCGUCAGCCACGCCCAAGAAACCGAGGCUUGGAUCGACCGCCGUGGUGACGUCACUGGGAGUGAACGCACCGUGCCAGGAAGCCACCACGCAGCUGUUCAGGCUUCCGCUUGGCACGAGAACUAAGAUCUGUGCCGCACUGGAUCCGCCGAACUCCCGCGGCAACGACUGGAGGCUGCUAGCAUCCCGCAUGAACGUAGACAGGUACAUCAACUACUUUGCGACCAAACUGAGCCCCACCGACACGAUACUGGAUCUGUGGGAAGCGCUUCACUGUGACAGUGGCGCCCUCACUGAGCUGGUGGCCAUCCUGCACAGCAUGAGUCGCGAUGACGUCUGCCGAAGCGUCGAGAGCGACCUCGGCUCAUGGUUGUGACCUGCCUUCGUCCGGCCGGGGUCAGGGGUCAACGAGGGGGCGCCACCCGCCUUCUUCUGGG